UAUGUAUGAAAAGAAACAGGAAACUCCUCCGAUCUGAUCUGUUCGACACUUUAACAGCAGUGGAAGAAGCGGAGCCUUAGGCUGGCAGUUAAUGACUUCAUUUCACUCUCUCAAUCAGCCAUGGCCGUAAAGGCACUCGAUUGAUUACAGACACCGUCAGUUUUUAUACUUUUAACUUUAGAAACUCCGGAAACUAAAAAAACUCCAGUUUAAAGCGGCGGUGCGCGUGUGUGAAAGAGUUGGGCGUGAGUCGUCGGGUGGCUCCACAUUUUACCCGCCUGUGUAUGAUAUUUCUUUACUUUUUUUAGACACUUUGACUUCUUAAAUCAUUUAGAAGCCUUUUAAACUCCUAAAAGAUGGGGUGCACCCUGAGCUCGGACGACAAGAGCGCCCAGGAGAGGAGUAAAAUGAUUGACAAAAACCUGCGGGAUGAUGGAGAGAAAGCGUCGCGAGAGGUCAAGCUGCUGCUGCUGGGCGCUGGUGAAUCCGGGAAGAGCACAAUUGUCAAACAGAUGAAAAUCAUUCAUGAAGCGGGCUACUCAGAGGAAGAGUGCAAACAAUACAGAGCCGUGGUUUACAGCAACACAAUUCAGUCCAUCAUCGCCAUCAUAAGAGCCAUGGGCCGCCUGAGGAUUGACUUUGCGGAUUCAUCACGGGCUGAUGACGCAAGACAGCUGUUUGUGAUGGCCGGCUCUGUAGAUGAGGGAUUCAUGACGAGUGAUCUGGCCGGAAUAAUCCAGCGGCUCUGGAAGGAUGAAGGCGUAAAGGCUUGUUUUCUUCGCUCCAGAGAGUACCAGCUCAAUGACUCUGCCUCAUACUACCUGAAUGAUCUGGAGAGAAUAUCCAGUGAUUCCUAUGUCCCAACACAGCAAGAUGUCCUGAGGACCAGAGUGAAGACUACUGGUAUAGUGGAGACCCACUUCACAUUCAAGGAUCUUCAUUUCAAGAUGUUUGACGUGGGCGGCCAGAGAUCUGAGAGGAAGAAAUGGAUCCACUGCUUUGAAGGAGUGACCUCCAUCAUCUUCUGCGUGUCCCUCAGCGAUUAUGACCUGGUCCUGGCGGAGGAUGAGGAGAUGAACCGAAUGCAUGAGAGCAUGAAGCUGUUCGACAGCAUCUGCAAUAACAAGUGGUUCACGGACACCUCCAUCAUCCUGUUUCUCAACAAGAAGGAUCUGUUUGAAGAGAAGGUCCAGAGGAGCCCGCUUACUAUUUGUUUCCCCGAGUAUAAUGGACCCGACAGAUAUGAAGAGGCUGCUGCUUACAUCCAGUGUGAGUUUGAGGACCUGAAUAAGAGGAAGGACACCAAAGAGAUUUACUCUCACUUCACCUGUGCCACCGACACCAAGAACGUGCAGUUCGUCUUUGACGCGGUCACUGAUGUCAUCAUCAAAAACAACCUAAAGGACUGCGGCCUCUUCUAAAGCCAGCCAUUUCAUUGUGUUGACGGCGAGUGGCCUGAUGUGAAAUUGGGAGAACCAGAGAAAGAGGAAGGUCAACCAUGAACCUGAAUGUUGAAUGCAUUACUUAACUUCAUAUUUAUGUUCUCUGAACAUUUCAGAUUUUUUUAGGGUGUUUUAGGGAAGAAAAAAAAGCAUUUUGUGUAAAAUAUUUGUACAACUGUAAUUGUUCCUGGAAUUUUUAACCGUUUUUAGACAUUGACUUUACAGGUCCUUUUUCAAGGCUAUUUUUCCAUUCAAAGGGUUUCUGGGAACACUUUUAUUUUAUUUUUUUCAGUUUUUACUACGAAUACUAAGGUCACGUGCCUUCAGUUACUGUUGCAGUGCUUUUCUUUGCCACUUCAACUGAGUUUAAUAAGAGACGGUUGAUUUGUAUCCACACGCCUCUCAUCUGCUCAACUGUAGUAUAAAAAGCUCGAUAUUUUUAAGACCAAACAACUGUAGGUGACUGUUUAAAUGUAUAGUAGCUUAUUUCUGUCACAGGAUUUAAAAAAUAAAACACACAAUUCUGACUUACGUUUUUGACAUAUAAUCUUGGAAUAAAAGUAGCAAAAACUAAAUGUAAAAAAUUAAAAUGCAGUGUUUCAAGAAGGUCACAAAUCUGAAAAACAAAUUGCAGGAUAAAAACUUUUAUAUCUAAGCCGUUUAUCUCCAAUUCUGAGCUUGUCGCAUUUUUACAUGUAUUGCAAUCUUGCUUUUUUAAAUGUGGCAGUUCUUAGUUUAUCUUGAAAUUUCAGAUGUUUUAGAAUUGUUAAUAUAAUUUUUUUGUAACUUUUAUUUUGAUGGUCCCUAUUGCACAUUUUGUUGACUAAAAGUUUCAUUGCAACUACAAGCCAAUUACUUCUCAUUUGAGUAUUAGUAGACUGUCUGCUUCAUAUCUGCUGAUACACAUUUAACUAAGAAACUUUGCAAGUACAUGUCAACUUACACUAACCUAACCGUCUGCUUAUCUAUUGAGAAUUAGUUGGCAUGGAGAUGCAAUGUAAUUUUAAAUUCAACAAAAUAAAAAAACUGAAAUCAAAAGAGACCAUCAAAAUACAGUGAUUUCAAUUUGUGGCAAUUCUGCUUCUGAGUGAGUUUGACACAAUUCAGAUUUAUCUGUAUAUGGAAAUUCUGACUUAAAGAUUGCACAUUUUCACUGGUAUUUAAUAUUUCUAAGACAAUUUCUCAAAAUUCUCCUUUAUGUCCAGCUAGUGAGUUUGUUGCAAUGCUGAUUUUUUUAUUUUAUUUAUUUUUGGUCACAAUUCUGCUUUUAUGUGGCAAUGUUCAAUUUAUAGAUUACAUUUCUGUCUUUAGUAUUGCAAGUCUUUGCCACCAUUUUAGAUUUUUCACUUUUGUCGCAAUUCUGCUUUAAAGCUUGCUAUAGUGGGUUUGUCAAAAUUCAGAUUUUGUCUUUAUAGUUGUCUUAUAUGGAACAAUGGAGUUUAAAUCUUAAAGUUUUGGGUUUAAAAUCUACUUUUUGCUGCAGUUUUUAGUUGAUUGCUGUAAUUCUAACUAAAUCUCCACAGUGUGUGUGUAUAUAUGCCAAUUUUGCAGUUAUGUCCUUUAUUUUUGACUAGAAUUGCAAGUUUUCACCUUUGAGAUUGUUUAAAGUUCAUAAGUUGCUAAAUUUAACUCACAGUUUUUAGAUUUGUUGCAAUUCAGAUUUUAUAUAUUGAAAAAUCCCUGUUUUUAGUUAUCGGUUAGUGUUUAAAAAGUCAGAAUUAUGAAGAAAAAACUACAAAAUGUAAUUCUGUGGCAGAAACGAGCAUUCAUACAGAACGAUGAAUUAAACAGAGAAAAAUACAAACAUAUCAGAAGCUCUUUGCGUGUUCAUGAGAGUUUCCAAAGCAGUUGUCAUUAGCAGCACAGCGUGUGUGUGUUAUGUCGGAUUUGCCUGUGAUUGGAAUGAUGGAAAAACUGCGGUGAGCUUGAAAUUAGCUGAUGAAUUGGUUCCUGUGCACCUGCACAUCAUGAACUGUUUUAAUGGAGAACUCAACAAAAGGUCAACGCUUCACAAUGAGACAUUUUUACUGAUCAAAGGAACCGACCGUUGUCAAAUUCAAUUAAAGGGACCAAAGAAUUUCUUUUCUGAAUUCCUAUUAGACUUUUCUUUUUUUGUAUUAGGUCCAUAUGUGCUUGCGUAAUUUGAUCUAGACAACCUGUAUAAUAGAAUAUCCUAUAGAAACCUUCAGUAGGAAUGCAGACCGCUUUUCUGAUAAUAAUACGAUCAAUUCAAAUGGUUUUAAACUUCCCUUUAAUGUAGGUUCUUAUUGGACGGGAAGAAAUGUUGACUAAUAUCCACUAUUUUGCUAAUAAAAAUGCUGUUGCAAGAACAGCAUGCUGAAAA